AUGCCUGCCAAGCGAGAACUAGCGCGGUUCACUUCAACUGCGAAAGGUGAGUUCCUUCCUCUUUUGUCCCGUGUCAACCACUUGAAGAAAGAUUACCAUACUUUCACUUUCUGUAAUUAUUACGUUGUGAAAAUUUCCCUUAAAUCCGUAAUCUCAUUCUCUGCCCUUCUAUCAUUAUUUUCAAAAGGUUUGUCAAGGGAAACAGCUAUGUUACUCAAGAGAUCUAAUUUCAAAGUUGGAGAUUCCUUUGAUGACAAUUACACUCUUUCCUAUUUCGUCAUUUCUGACCGUCUACCAUACGGAGGUUCAGCAAUGCAGCACUUCAAUAGAAUAGGAAACAGAGAUGAAUUUUGUGGCACCGGCUGACAAUGUACUCCCGGAAUACUAUGCGAUGCUUCGGUGGCUCUUUCUGCUCUCGAAAUUUGACAGCUCUUCACUUUCUCGUUCAGAGGUGGAUGUCGUGAAGGUGAGAGCUAAGACUACCCGAGGUGAGAACAUGGAGAGAUUUGGCACUGAGAACUUGUGA